AUGGCCGGUGUCCUGAGCAAGCGCCAGCAGGCGCGUAACGAAAAAGUCCUUCACGAUCUGGUUCAGUCCAUACCGGGAAACAACUUGUGCGCCGACUGUCAGGCGCGGAACCCAGCAUGGGCCUCUUGGAGUCUGGGCGUGUUUCUUUGCAUGAGAUGUGCCGCUAUCCAUCGAAAGUUGGGAACCCAUAUCUCAAAGGUGAAGUCCUUGAGCAUGGACAGCUGGUCCAAUGAACAGGUCGAGAACAUGAAAAAAGUCGGAAAUGUCACAUCCAACCAGAUUUAUAACCCGGACAACAAGAGGCCGCCCGUACCCGUCGAUGCCGAUGAGGCUGAUUCCGCGAUGGAACGGUUCAUCCGUACCAAAUACGUCAACAACACACCCGUCUCUGCGAGGAAGCAUCACCCGGGCCUGUCAGACGAAGGCGUUCCCCCGCCGCUGCCACCAAAGUCGGGGGGAAAGUUUGGGUUCAGAUCAGCCUCGUCAAUCUUCCCACUAUCGUCCCGCCUGAGAAAGGAUUCCUCACUGCGUAACACCAUGUCGAGUCCCCGAGAGCCGCGAAGCCCCUCGCCCAGCGAUUUGCCGAACAAGCCGUCCAAAGUGUUUGGCGCGAGCGUGUCGUACGAGCAGGAAGAUACAGAGAGAAAAUUGGCGAGUCUGAGGGACAUGGGGUUCUCCGACGGCCAACGCAAUGCCAUGGUGCUGAAGAGUGUGAACGGAAACCUGGAGCGCUCUAUCGAGACUCUAGUGCGGUUGGGUGAGAGCGACAGGCAGUCACCCUCUUUAACAGGGCCUCGCGAGAGCUCUUUACGCGCGACACGCUCGCAUGCAAACCUUUCGACAUCUAGUGGGCUGUCUGCGCCGCAUCAGACAUUCAGUGACCACCCCCAGUCACCUUCGACAGUCUCUAGCAACAACCCGUUCGACAUGUUGCCGCCGCAACCUCAGUCUUCCCAAUCAACCGGCACGCUCCAGAAUAAGAACCCUUACGCGAACAACCCGUUCGGAGCCCCAACCCAGCAGCAGCAAGAUAUCAACCAGGCUUUCGGCAACAUGUCCCUCGCACCCGCCCAACCGCUUUUCCCGCACCACACAGGCGGAUUGCCGGCUUCCCAGCCGUUUGCUCAACCUCAGCAGAUAUACCAGCAGUCCAUGACGCCUCCCGUACCGCAGCAGCAGCAGCAGCACCAUCAUCAGCAGCAGAACUACAAUCCCAUGAGCUUUAAUAGUAAUAUGACAUAUCCUCAACCUAUCCAGUCGCAAGCAACGGGCUACAAUCCAUUUUUUACGAACCAGGCACAGCCUCAACAGCAACAAAACCUUGCAGUAAACACGGGGCCAUCGUCAAGCCCGUUUGCAAACAACCCUUUCACUCGAUCUCCAACGAGAAUCCAGUCGCCUUCGCUAGGCCAGAUACCCGAGCAGUCACAAUCAAACUUCUAUAUGGAUUCUCCACAGACGAUGACGCCGCAGAGUAGCAAUCCCUUCUUUGCACAAUUGGGCUCUCAAGCAACAGGGCAACAGCAGGUGCCGCAGCAGCAGCAGCAGCAGCAGCAGAUGUAUCAGCAACCAUUUCAGCAAGAGCAGCAAGCCUUUGGACAGCAGCAACAGCACCCCUUCCAGCAACAGCAACAACACGUUUUCCAGCAACCGGUGCAGCAGUCGUUCCAGCAGCAGGCGCAACACCCGUUCCAGCAACAAGAGAUGCCACAACAACAGUACCAAGCUCCUGCACCACAGGCGGCGUAUCAACAGCAGCCCCAGCAAUCUCAACGGCCAGACAAGGCUUCGAUUUUGGCGUUGUACAAUCAGCCGCAGUUGGCACCUCAGCUUUUUGCAACCCAGACGCAGGCGCAGACGCAGGAGCCGGCGCACGCCGAGGUCGCGGCACCUCCGCAACAGAGCCAACAGGCGGCAAGCGGAUCCCUAGCGGCAGCAGGAAGCAAAAACCCAUUUUUGAUGAAUGGCGGUGGUGCCAUGUCGCCACCACCGAUGAUGGCCCCCGUCGCGGAUGUCGUUGGGCCGCGCAAGGCGGGUGUCAGCCGUGAGAGCAUGGCAUUUACGGAUAUGCAGUGGACAAACGGGCGACACAGCCCCGACGCGUUUGCCAGUCUAAGCGCGCGGCACAUGUGA